GGCUGAGGGGAAAGAAGGCAGGCAGCAUCAUGGCGGACAGAGACAGUGGAAGCGAGCAAGGAGGAGCAGCAAUGAGUUCCGGCGGCAGCUCCUUACACCCAGCAUCGGGUGUAGGCGGCUCCGGCUCUGUCCUGCAGCAUGAGACACAGGAGCUGGCCUCCAAGCGGGUCGACAUCCAGAACAAACGCUUUUACUUGGACGUUAAGCAAAAUGCCAAGGGCCGCUUCCUUAAGAUAGCUGAGGUCGGGGCCGGGGGUAACAAGAGCCGCCUCACUCUGUCAAUGUCUGUGGCCGUGGAAUUCCGUGACUACCUGGGGGAUUUUAUCGAGCAUUACGCCCAGUUGGGACCCAGUAACCCUGACAUGGCGCAGGAUGAGCCCAGGCGGGCUUUAAAGAGCGAGUUUCUAGUACGGGAAAAUAGAAAGUACUACAUGGAUCUGAAGGAGAAUCAACGAGGCCGGUUUCUAAGGAUCCGCCAAACCGUGAAUCGCGGCCCCGGAUUGGGAUCCACGCAGGGUCAAACCAUUGCUCUACCAGCGCAAGGACUGAUCGAGUUCCGUGAUGCUUUAGCUAAGCUAAUCGACGAUUAUGGGGUGGAGGAGGAGCCCGCUGAGUUACCGGAGGGCACCUCCUUGACUGUGGACAACAAACGGUUUUUCUUUGAUGUGGGUUCCAAUAAAUACGGGGUGUUUAUGAGGGUGAGCGAAGUAAAACCCACUUAUCGCAACUCCAUCACUGUCCCGUACAAAGUGUGGGCCAAAUUUGGUCAUACUUUCUGCAAAUACGCCGAGGAAAUGAAGAAGAUCCAGGAGAAGCAGAGGGAAAAACGAGCAUCUGAGCAUCAACAGCAGCAAGAAGAAGUCCAUGGGGAUGAGGGGGAAGACGAUUGAUAACUGUAUAAUAAAUAAACUAAACUGUAAAGAGGAAAAAUAAAAUAUAUAACUGUUAACUCCAAGGGAGCACCGCCCACCAAACCUCCACAAACUGACAGAUUUUUGACUUGUCACACCCAUCGCUGGAUGUUGUCCACUUAUCCACCGUAUAAACAGUAAGCAGCUGCUAAAAAAAAACAAAGUAAUAACAUUAUAUAUGAACUGUGUUUCCUACUUGAUUAAAAUAUAAAGGAUUGAGUGUUUAUUUCCCUAAUUAACCAAGAACUUUUGUACACCUUUAAGCUAUUAUUAUUAAAGUGUUUGCAAUGGUCAGAUUAUAAAAAAAAGAAGCUGAAUUAUAUUAAAAAGGUCCUUUUCAUGUGAGCUAACAUUUGACUUUAGCACAAAGAGAUAUUUUAGAACACGUAAAUAUUUUUAGUUUUUCUCAUUUUGUUACCAAAUUUCAAACCUUUCAUGGAGGUUAUUAUUAGUAUAUUUGACACCCUAUAUACCUGUGAUUAGAGAUGUGUAUAUAUUAUGAGGGCUAGGCAUGCUGUGUGUCUGAGCUUUGUCUAAAUGUUAUGCAGAGGUUUGUAGAGUUUAAAGGUACAUAGGUUAAUUCAUGCAAGGUAAUUAAAAGUGCUCUCUUUUUUACAAUAUGCAUUGCAUCUGGACCUAGAGCAUACAUGGUCAGUGAAAAUUAUGUGAACAUGAAGCAAAUUAUUAAAAAAAAACUUUUAAAUUAAA